AGUUCUUCUCUACUAAACCACUCUUCUUCCUUGGAGAUAUGGCUUCUCCAUUUCUCUUCAUUCUUAAUCAGAUAUUAAAGAAUUCGCCUUUAUUCAUGGUUCAAUUAUAAUUAUACUUCUUUCGAAGUCAAAUCUCCAUGUUUCAUCUUCCCAAAGCUUCAGUUAUUUGAUGGUUUGAGGAUUGCUGCUUAGUUUUGGAAAUGGGUAUCGUCUAUAUUCAAGAUUGUUCUCUGUCACGAAACUCAUCUCUUGUCAUGAUUUUGAAAAGCACAAGCUUCAACAUACCUUAUAUUCAUCCUAGUUCGGUACUACUACGCCAUAACCAAUGCCGUAGGCUUGUAGCUUCAGGCAUCAGAAUGUGUUCUCUUGCCCCAUCAUCAGCUGUUCCCCUUGAACAACCUGGGGGAAAGAUGGUUGUAGAAUUGGUUGGGGCUUUUAAUGAUUUGGCUGAGAGAAUGAAGUUGGAAGCAUUUUCGACGAGUUCAUCACAUAUUCUGUUUAAGUCUUUAAAGCUAUCGAUCCCAAUAUUGCUAGCUCUUCCGGUUGCUAUAGAUGGUCGCUCUCCACUGUCCCGGGCUUUGUCUGUUGCAGUCAUUUUGGCUGAUCUUCAGAUGGAUGCAGAAGUUAUUUCAGCCAGUAUACUUAGAGAAGUUCUUGAAGCUGGUCAUGUAUCUAUCAAUGAAGUAAGAGGACGCAUAGGUAGUGGUACAGCUCAUCUUCUGCUCGAAAGCUUCCGUGUGAAGAACAUUCCAUCCAAAGUAGAUGAUUUGGAUGAUGAAACUUCUGCUGCACUUCGGAAAUUCUGUCUUACAUACUAUGAUGUUCGUGCUAUAAUUCUCGACUUAGCUCUAAAACUUGACGCUAUGAGACAUUUGGACCAUCUUCCAAGGUACAAACAACAAAUAUUAUCUCUUGAAGUCAUGAAAAUACACGCCCCUUUAUCUCAUGCUGUGGGGGCUAACUUAUUAUCUCUUGAAUUGGAAGAUCUCUCAUUCAGAUAUUUGUUUCCUUAUUCAUAUCUUUAUUUGGAUACAUGGUUAAGUAGCCAUGAAGCUGGAAACAAACCACUGUUGGAUAUAUACAAGGAUCAUUUAUUGCAUUCUUUGAGAUCAGAUCCAUUGUUGUUGAGUAUGGUUGAUGAUAUCUUUGUCACAGGCCGUUAUAAAAGUCGAUAUAGUACAAUGAAAAAGUUAUUGAAGGAUGGGCGGAAGCCUGAAGAGAUAAAUGAUAUACUAGGAUUGAGAAUUAUUUUGACACCUGUUGAUGGUUUGAAUAUUUCUGAGAUGGGUAUAAAAGCAUGUUAUAGGGCACGUGAGAUUAUUUGUUCUUUGUGGAAAGAGAUUCCUAAUAGGUUAAAAGACUACAUUUCUCAUCCGAAAGCAAAUGGGUAUAAGAGCUUGCACAUGGCAGUUGAUGCGAGUGAUAGUGGUAGUACACUGCUAAUGGAAAUUCAAAUCCGAACAAUGGAGAUGGAUGUGCAAGCGGCUGGUGGUGCAUCAUCCCAUUCAUUAUACAAGAGUGGUCUUACUGAUCCAGAAGAGGCUAAGCGACUAAAGGCAAUUAUGAUGGCUACAGCAGAACUAGCAGCUUUACGGCUUAAAGAUCUCCCUUCCUCAAAAGAUAAGAGCAUUGAGAUUGAAUGUAGAGAUCGAGUGUUCUCACUUCUUGACAAGAAUGGAGAUGGUAAAAUCAGCUUAGAGGAGCUUAAGGAUGUCAUGGAAGAACUUGGUGCCCAAGGAGAAGAUGCCCGCGAACUGAUGAAACUCCUUGAUUCAAACCGAGAUGGGUCUUUGAGUUCUGAUGAAUUUGACAAAUUCCAAAAGCAGGUCGGGUUGAUGAGAAACAUCGAGGAAAGAGACGACGAGUACAAGAAUGCGUUGGAAGUGAAGCUUCAAUUGCCUGAUAAUUGCUCAAAUUCUAAUAUAGAAACAGAGUCGGGUCAGUCUUCCUAACUAAGACUUGUUUGUGAAUUGAUCAUCCUUUUGUGUAUUUCUAUUUAUAGAAGUUAUUAUGUUUAUGGGUCUUGGAAAAGAUAUAUUGUAGAGUACAUAAUAUACA